GCUACAGGUGGCCAAAGAUAAAAUAAAUAAACAAGUUUUUCUGGAACCAAUUUCUGACAGAUAAUUCAGUAUCUGAUAACUGCAUAAGAUUGGAACUAUUUUCCAAAAAUUGUUAAAGACUCAGAAUAAUUAAAUUAAGUAACAUGGAAGAUAACAUAAACAUGGAAAAUAAAUUACAUAGCGGGUUUUUUCAUCCGGUAAUAAGAAAAUAUCAAGAAUCUUCGACGAUUUUAUCCCCAUCAAACUUAAUGUAUCCAGUAUUUAUUAUAUCUGAUGUUGAUGGGGAACAAGAAAUACCUAGCAUGCCUGGUGUGUUUAGAUAUGGGGAAAAUAAGCUAAUUACUGCUCUGAAACCUUUGGUAGAAAGAGGGUUAACUUCAGUAUUAUUGUUUGGUGUUAUAGAUUCUUCAUUAAAGGAUGCAAAAGCAUGUGUUGCGGAUACAAUUAAAAAUCCAGUUUUGCCUGCUAUAGCACUGUUAAGAAAAACUUAUCCUGAUUUGCUGAUUGCAUGCGAUGUGUGCCUUUGUGGAUAUACUGAUCAUGGUCACUGUGGUAUACUCACAGAAGAUGGAGUUAUUGAUAAUGAAGCCAGUUUGAAGAGAAUAGCACAAGUAGCCUUAGGAUAUGCAAGAUCUGGUUGUCAUGUUGUGGCUCCUUCUGAUAUGAUGGAUGGCAGAGUAAAAGCCAUAAAGGAUUUGCUACAUUCUUCAGGUUAUGGAAGUACUGUUUCUGUUUUAAGUUAUGCUGCAAAAUUUGCUUCAAAGUUUUAUGGUCCUUUUAGAGAUGCUGCUGAUUCAGCUCCAGCCUUUGGAGACAGACGACAGUAUCAGCUUCCUCCUGGCAGUAAAGGGCUAGCAUUGAGAGCUGUGUCGCGUGACAUUCAAGAAGGAGCUGACAUGAUUAUGGUGAAGCCUGGUCUUGCUUAUUUAGAUAUAGCAAAUGAAGUUAAAAGGAAGCACUCAGAGUAUCCACUAUUCAUGUACCAGGUAUCUGGCGAGUAUGCCAUGCUUAUUCAUGCUGCUAAAGCUGGUGUUUUUUUGUUGAAAGAUGCUGCUUUAGAAAGUCUCACAUCAAUGAGGCGUGCAGGUGUUGAUGUCAUUAUUACAUACUUUGUGCCUAAUUUAUUACUGGAAUGGCUAUAAUUACAGGAUGAUCAAAAUAAUUCCUAAUGUAUUAAAAAUCACAUCGAUUUGAUAAUUUGCAAAGAUAUUUUUAUAUAUUGUGCUUAUUUAGGAUUUUUAAAUAUUUAUAUAUAAUUCAACAUGUGUCAAAAAUAUGGUUUACAGGUAAAGAUUUUUAAUCUAAAAAAUUUAAUAAUCAUGAAAACAAUUUAAAUAAACAGAAAUAAUUGCUUCCAAUUUUAUUAGAGUCUGAAAAUUCUUCCAAAUUAUAAAUAACUGUUUUAUUUAUAAAGUGGCAAGAUUUUACUUAAAGUAUAUAAAAUAAUAUAUGCUUUGCUGUCAAAUUUAGACAUAAAUGAAAAAAAAAAAAAAUAAAGAAUGAAUCUCAAACUAAGAUUUUAAAAUGGUUUUUGUUUUAAAUAAGGUUUAAAAAAAAUUAAUUUGUUGAAAAGUAGAAACCAUGUCAUUUACAAGUGAUAUUUUAAUACAAAAAAUAGUAUUCAAAUACCAUACUUGUAUAAUUGAAAUGUUUUGCAUAAUGUGAAAAGGAAUGACUGAAAUUCCACAAAUGAUUUAUGUAAACUAAAAAUAAAAACCAUUUAAAAUUU